CGCCGCCGCUCCGACCCGCUCCGCGUCGAGGUGCCGCCACCCCGCCUCCCCGUCCAAGAACCUCCUCUCCGAAGUGCCUCCGCUCCCCGUGACUGCUGUGCCGCCCCCGGAGGUCUCAAUCUGCAACAGCGCCUCCGGGCUCCACCCGGCCGCCGCCUCCGCAUCCACCACAUCGCCGGCACCUCAUCUUCCUCCUCGGCUAGCAUAUCUCCAAGAUCGACUCCUUGUUCGUCUCCACUGGACAUUGUUUGCCUAGCCAUGUCAACGGAAAGGGCUGCAUGGAGCUACAUGCAUGAGAAAGGACUAGUGGAUAUUCUGAAAGAGCUUGCCAACCUCCCAAUGUUGAAGGGACAAAAUGGCUGGACAGCAGAAGGUUGGAGGAGUAUUACAAAUAAAUUCAAUGAUAUGUUUCCAAUGGCAAAUUUCACUAAGCAACAAGUACAAGAAAAGGAGAAGGAGUUAAAAAGGAGCUAUAAGAUAAUAAAAGAAGCCAGGAAAAGUGGUGUUGGCUGGAACGACACUUUGGGUAUGAUUAUUGCAGAUCCAAAAGGUUGGGAGAAGUUGAUUAAGGAUAAUCACAGAGUUGGCAAGUUCCGCAAGAAGGCAUUUCCUUUAUAUAACAGCUUGGAAUUAUUGUAUGAAGGUAAUUCAGGAAGUGUGGCCACAGGGGAUUUAAAUUUUACAUCAAUUGAGCCUCCACCACAAAGAACUGAGCUGCAAGUUGAACCAACACCUCAAAGGAGUAUCUCGGAGCAAAGCAAUCAUAACACAGCACCUAGCUCUGGAUAUAAUGGCAUGGCUUCUAGACUUGAUGGCAUAGAAAGCACUGAAGUUCAAUCAGCCCCAUCCAAUCAUAAUUCAGAGGAUCAGGAUGUUGUUGGUGGGAAGAAACGCAAGCAAAGUCAGAUGGCAGCAAAACUUGGGGACUUCAUUGACUUUAGAAAGAAUCAGAAUGAAAAAACUCUAGAAAAGAUAAAGGAGAAGAAGAGACGUGAGGAAGACUACUCGGUGGAGAAAUGUAUUGACAUUGUGGACACCAUGGAAGAGCUAUCAGAUGAACAGAAAGCCGAUGCUAACGAGCUUUUCCAAAGUGAAAUGAACAGAAAAAUAUUCGUGAGCACCAAAAACCCAAGUGUCCGGCUGAUUUGGUUGAUGAAAAAAAUUGCUCGAAUCAAUGAGUGUUGAGAAGCAUGAAGAGGAGAAAGAAUGUUGGAGAGAAGGUCCUCGGCUUAUUUUACUAGCUAAAUCUCUUAUACAGUAAUUAUAUCAUGUGCCAACAGUUGAGUUAAAUGCAUGGUUUUAUAGCUGAGUAGAUGCUUAAAACAUGCAAAGAGCACCUAACCAUUUAGGCCAUUGCGUCAGCUGGAUGUAAAUGUAAUGUGAUAUAUGUAUCAUCUGAAGCCCUAGAGAUGGAUUGUACUUGCUAUAUGAAUUGUGAUGUUGCACUCAUGGCAACUUGGUGAUUGAUGUUGCAGGUUGAUCUUUUACACAUAUGUUUAUCUUA